GAAUUCAUGGCCCAAAUCUGAAGGUUUUCUGUGUGAUGUUUUUGUGGAAGAUUUGUUAAAAGAAAGCAGCACAUAUUUUAUGAAGAGACUCGUGCAGACCAGGGAGGAUGAAAUAAGUUAUGUAAAGAGAAAUUUACAUACAUUACAGAAUAAUAAAAAAUUAGGUGGGUGUUACAAAAUCAUAUUACAAAACGAAUUAUGAAUGGCUUUUAAAGAAAGGGGUUAAGAACUUCGGUGUUACAUAAAUAGUUAGUUUAAAUAGUGUUGAAUAACAUAACAAUUUAAGUGUAUUUAAAUAAUGUUUAGGUUAAUAAGGGGUCCAAGCCUGGCGCAGUCUCUAUAUUAACUUCACUGCGUCUCUUCCGCAGUUAUGAAACUUUCAUACACAGGUUUUGUAACACAGCCCGUCCUGACCAAUCACGGACCGAGCCUGCUGUUCACGUGACUAUUUUUUUUUUAAUAUAACAUCUCUGAGGAAAAGCCUUUCAUUACAUUGCCAAGCACCGCGGCAGCUAUCGAAAUGUAUAAACACGGUUACAAAAGAACCCCUACGUUCACUUAGCAUUUCACAAAAACAUUUCAAUGCUGCCAUGGCGCUAAAACCCCAGGUGGUGGACACGGUAGAGGAGAAAAGCGCUUUCUUUAUCGGCGCAAAGGAGGAAGAGGAGGGCCACCAUGAACUUAUACUACAGAAAGGCAACGCUUUGGCGUCUGAAGACUGUCUCAAGGAGGCCAUCGACUGGUUUUCAGCUGCCAUGCGCUACGGACCGGUGCGUCCCGAACAGUUAAGCACCUUUGUGGAGUGUAUCCUCCGCAACUUCAAGAGGAAAGCCCCCGGGCCGCAGUCCUCAGCUGGCCGGGGUCCGCACGCAGCACAGGAUUCCGGAGACUUUGCGGUGUUUGGCUGCCCCAACUGUCACGGCUUUUUAGGCGAACCCGUGACAGUAGCUUGCGGACAUUCGUAUUGUAGAAGAUGUUUACAGCGGCGCCUCGUCUCCAGGUGUAGGCUAUGCCAUGAGCCCGUUGGAGGUGAGGAGAAAACCAACGUAGCUCUGUGCGGCCUUUUAGAAAAAUGGUUUCCCGACGAGCUGAAAAAGUUAAAAACAUUACAAAAAGUGGAAGCGUCGUGUGGGAGAAAACGCUACAGCGAAGCUGUUUCUCUAGCGAGCGACGUUCUCCGGUCAGAUCCAACCGCGACCUUGGCCCGUCUUUCGCGAGCAGAAGCCUACACGGCGCUCAAGCAGUACCAGCUGGCUUUGGAGGAUGCAGAGUUCUGCUCCAGGUCCAGCUAUUCUGCUGAGGCUCUGUUCAGGAAAGCUACGGUGCUGCAUGAAAUGGGUCAGGUCGAUGAGUCUCUCCAAGUCUUCCUCCACUGCCUGACUAUCGACGAGGACUUCCCAGGUGCUAAACAAAAAGUGGAGAAGAUCUUGUGUGACCUUCUCUCCCCGGUUGAUGAGAAUGUUGAAGUAGGCCUGAGAGAAACGACACAGAACACGUUAUCCCACCUGCGCAGUAAACAUUUUGUGACCGAUGCCCAAGCUCAGCCACAGGACCCCGAUCAGAGGCAACAACAGCAACACCAGGUCCGUGCCACGUCUGCACACCAGGUGGACAGCCAGGAGAAACGAUGUGAAAGCCCGGAGCGGCCCGGCCUGAGCCGAGCCCAGUCGCUUCGAAUGCACAGCUAUAACACUAGUGAAGAGGGGCUGAAGAGGGUGAGCUCGGCUCCUCAGCUGGGCAACCAGGACAAGGGAAGUCUGCUGAAGAGGAAGCUGUCCGUGUCAGACAUUGAACCAUAUGUGGUGGACAGUGGAAGUAGCAAAUGUAAGAAACAAGGUGUAUCAAAAGGCUCCAAGUCAGCCAAUGCAAAAACCUGCAGUAGUGUUCCUCAGGAUCUGCUCGACCCCAAUGACCUGGAGUGCUCCCUUUGUAUGAGGUUGUUUUAUGAGCCCGUGACAACGCCGUGCGGCCACACUUUCUGUAAGAACUGCUUGGAGCGCUGCUUGGACCACAACCCCCAAUGUCCCCUCUGCAAAGAGAGCCUCAGAGAGUAUCUAGCAUGCAGGAAAUACGUGGUGACAACUGUCUUGGACGUCCUGAUUAAACACCUUUUCAGUCAGGAGUAUGAAGAGAGGACAAAAACACAUGUGGAGGAGAACCAAGAGUUGUCUGACCUGACAAAGAACGUGCCUAUUUUUGUGUGUACCAUGGCUUACCCCACCGUGCCUUGUCCCCUGCAUGUCUUCGAGCCACGUUAUCGCCUCAUGAUCCGCCGCUGCAUGGACACGGGCACGCGGCAGUUUGGGAUGUGCAUUAGUGAUCCCCAGAAAGGGUUUGCAGAUUAUGGCUGCAUGCUGAUUGUCAGGAGCGUCCAUUUCCUACCUGACGGUCGUUCUGUAGUCGAUACCAUCGGAGGAAAACGUUUCCGGGUUUUGUCCAGAGGAAUGAAGGAUGGUUACAAUACUGCAGACAUUGAACACUUGAGGGACACCAGGGUGGAGAACAGAGAGGAACUAGAAAAGCUACAGGAGCUUCACGAUGCAGUUUACGGACAGGCCCAAGUCUGGUUCCAAAACCUCAAGAUCCGCUUCCACAACCAGAUUCUGCAACACUUUGGACCAAUGCCGGAGCGAGAACCAGACAUCCAGGCAACUCCAAACGGUCCCGCUUGUUGCUGGUGGCUGCUGGCCGUUUUGCCCAUCGACCCUCGGUACCAGCUCUCCGUCCUGUCAAUGACCAGCCUCAAAGACCGCCUGGUGAAGAUCCAGCACAUUCUCACAUAUCUGCAGAGCAUCCCCAACAACUAAGAGCUUCCCUACAACAGACAACCUUUGGGACUUAAAAUGAAACCUUUAGGAAACCAUCAAUCAGCAUCUCAACGAACUACAAUCUCUACUACCAGCUGGCGUCAUUGUUUUUCUUUUUACAGUUAAUAAAACCCCCCAUUUACUGUUGUGUGGAUCAAUAAAACAGACAUAUGGCCAAACCA